CUGGGCAAAGGUCUUGUUGUUUUCACUACCAGCAAUAGGAAUCGAUAGAAUGGUCAAAUCAAAGCUCUCCUUUUUCGUCAUCGACAGUCGCCAUAACUGAAGACCUCAAGUGUUACAAAUUCGAACGUCUAGCUUCAAGUGGGAUUCGAUACCGCUUGUUUCCGAGGACAAAAUGCAGAUUGCAGCCUUCCUUUCGGAUCUCAAGUCAUUGAGUAUAUGCACCCACGAAGCCGCCAUUGCCCUGGUGAAGCCAGCCGCAACCACGAAUGCCUCCGAAGUCGGUCAAGUGUCUUCACCACCAAAUGGUGCAUCGAUUACAAAUGCAAUCAACGCCCCUUCAGCUGCUGACGAAACCGACUCUGAGCUUCAACGAGCAAAUGAACUUGUCUCCCUUCAUUAUGACGUCAAAUUGAAAUAUCUCGAAACCGGUCCUGACGCAGAGCUGGAGAAAGCAGCCCAGGAUGUUGAGAAAGUGCUGCGCGACUUGAGUAGAUUGAAAUCAAAGGCAUGACAGAUGGAUAAUUAGCAGAAGUCUUUUGCAGUCUCGUUUAAUGAUGACUUUAUGAGAGAACGGGUGUAUGGCCAAGGGACUAUGUUGCCCGUACCAACCAAUGCUAGUGAUAAUGUAUCUCAACACGGCCUAAUGCUCCAAUGAGUCCCA